AUGCAGGGGGCGCAUGGGCUGAAGCAGCUGAUGGCGAUAGUCGUGACCGUCAUGGUGUGUGGAGCAGGAGACAAGAGCGUCGGCCUGAUGCUAGAGACGUCGAUGAGGAUCAAGGGUGGGAGCCUCCUGGUUGACACGUGGAGGAGAAGCAUCGAGAGUACGCGUGUGAUAGCUCCUCGGCCUCGCGUCGGGGACCAAUCAUGGGCUCCUUGCAAGGCUUCGAUCCCGAUGCUCCUCCGCAUCGCUGGCGGUCACGAGGAGGAGUCGAGCAUAGCAACACCUGAUGAGAGCCUUGAUGCUCCCAGCACAAGCUCGGGGGGGGCGGAUGAGGAUGAGGCUCCGUUGUUGUCGCGCUCGAGUGAAGGCGAGUCCACGGGGCUGGGGAUUCACAGUCACAACUUCACGAGGCUGCAUGAGAUCGGAAUACCUGUCUUUGACAACCCUGACUUCAAGACCGUCGCCCAAGAAGCGAAGAUCAUGAAGCAGGCGAGCAUGGCAGUGGAGGAAGUGAAGGGAUUUCGGAGAGUUGAGAGAGCCAAGGAGAUUCAGCUACAGGCUCAGUCGAAGGCUCUGCAUGAGGAAGGGAAGCGGAACGACUGGUGGCUACAGGGAGACCUCGAGGAGAUUAAAGGAAAGCCCUGUGAAUCUUGCGGAAAGAUUUUAGAGGAGGAAGAGAUGCAGCGGAAGGGCCUUGAGGAUCCGUUCGAGCAAGUGAAGGAUCGUGCGAGGCGAAGACACUUCGACGACGUCCUGUCUUCCAGCAGCACUCCCUCUGCCGAGAUCGAGUUCUGGAAAAAGGUGGACAAGCCUGAAGUGGACGAGAGGUUCUUCGAGCCGGACACGGGCAUCAAACGCGUUCAUCUGCCUGCCAGUCUGUCGAACCUGCGAGACAUCGGGAUGCCAUGCAAACCUCCGCCUAAGUCAAAGGAGACGAUGAUGAAGGAGAAGGCGAAGAAGGAUGCUGAGAAGAUGAAGAAGCGAGAAAUUGCACGAGAGAAUUUCAUGAGAACUUUGGAGGAAGCUAAGGAAGUUGCGUUAGGGAAAACGGCUCAAGAGGAAAAGGCUCCAAAGACUCCUCCAGCUGACUUGCCGUCGAGCCGCGAAGACUUUCUCAGUGAUGUGGAUCUAGUGGAGAAGGAGUUGGAGUGGAGAGAGCCCGAUCAAGCUCAGGGCCGAGUGGAGAGUGUCAAGCUAAAGGAAGAGGAAAAACUACCAUCCAGCAAACCCAAGGACGACGAGGAGAUGCGGAGAAUUAGGAAGGAAGAGAUCCGCAAGGAGAGGGAACGAGCUCAAGCGCGAGAAAGUCGCCCCAAGUUCGUCAGGGUCUACACAGGAAAAGACGACAAGAUCGGCACGAAAGUUCCAGUGUUUGACGAGUACGCUCUGCUGCAAGAGAAGAAGAAGAAGAAGGCCACGAUGGAUGAUUUCAAAGAGUAUGACCAAUAUCAGUGA